UUCAUCAAUGCAAUUUUCUUAAUAUUAUAAUUGUGAAACAAGAUUCUGGUGAUACACUGACAGCAGAUAAUAAAAAAAGAUUGAGUAUAGUAGAUAUAAACAGUACCACCACAUGGAUGGUUGUUACACCACCAACUUCCCAACUCCAGGCUAAGAAUUAUCACUGUGAAUUUCUAGGAAGAAACAAAGCUCCAUAUUUUAUAACCUGACCCAGGACUUUGUUCUGUAAAACCACAAAGACUAACCACACAUUUUCAAUGGUCCACUUUUAGCCAAGCCUCCCUCAUAGGGAAGGGAUGGUUACUCAGAUAAGACUGAAAUCGAAAAGAUAUGGAAUUUCUGCCCUUUAGCCAAUGGUCACACCUGAACACCUUAAAAAAAAAAAAUAAGGCUAAUGGGAAGAAAAUGAUGUUUCAUUUUCAGUAUGAGCUGUCCCCCACCCAGCCCGGAGGUCUGCCCACAAGUGUGCCCUCCCCCGCCGCCACCCCAACCUUGCUAUGUCAAGCCGGUUAUGAGAUGUCUACAUCAUGCGCAAACUGUCAGAACGCUGUGGGAGGCUAUGCUUCUAUGUGCUGUAGGUGGUACCUGUGUCUAUUUUUUCAUUGGGGUACCGAGAAAAGCUGCUUACAGAGAUUUUUAUGCAAGGGCAGAAUUUGAGGACUGGGGAGACGAAAUGGCUAGAAAAGGUUUAUUUCAAUCAGUACCAAAAGAAGGCUUGAAAGACAAUCAGCAAAUGAAAUCGAAAUAAAACAAAAAUGGAUUAUAAUGCAAUUCUUAUUAUAAUAUGAAUUUUAUUA